AUGUGGGAGUUUCACGGGGAAGAUAUCACAGAAGUAAACGAAGAUCAAGAAGAAGUAGAAUCAAACAGUGAAGAGGACAUACCAUAUGACAGUGAUGAUGAUGAAGACAAUGACGAUAUGAGACCAGCAUUAGAAGAUUUAGCUAGUCAAUAUCAUAGGAAGAGUGAUUUUGUGAACCUUGGAGAUUCAAAUGAGCACAAUGAUGAAAUGAAUACAUUGCCUGACUUAUUUGAAGAAGUUGAAAAGGAGUUAUACUUUGGAUGUACAACGUUCUCAAUCUUAACAUUUAUUGUUAAUCUAAUGCACAUUAAAGUGAUGUGUGGUUGGAGUAACAAAUCAUUUGAUUUGUUGCUCGACUUACUUUCGAAAGCAUUUCCCAAAGACAAUAAAAUUCCACGAUCUUAUUAUGACGCUAAGAAAAUGUUGCGUGAUCUUGGUUUAGGGUACGAAACUAUUCAUUAUGUGAGUAUGAUUGUGCUUUAUUUUGGAAAGAGAAUAAAAAUGCUGAAAGAUGUCCUAUAUGUGGUCUUGAAUGAUACAAAUUCCAAGGAACUAAAGAGACUUUUUAUGUCACGCCAUACAUCAUCUGAUAUGAGGUGGCAUAAAGAAGAACGUGUUGAUACAGAAGGUGUGCUUAGACACCCGGCAGAUGCAGAGGUUUGGAAGGAUUUUGAUAGACAAUAUCCAGAUUUUGCAAAAGAAUCUAGAAAUGUAAGGCUUGGAUUUGCAACAGAUGGGUUCAAUCCAUUCGGUGAUUUAUCAAACUCGUACAGUAUGUGGCCAGUGUUACUAAUGCCAUAUAACAUGCCGCCAUGGAGAUGCAUGAAGCAAGAAUUCUUAAUGAUGGCAUUAUUGAUUCUGGGACGUCGUGCUCCAGGAAAAGACAUAGAUGUCUAUUUACAACCUCUGAUCGAUGAGCUGAAAAAACUAUGGGAAAAUGGUGUACGUACUUUUGAUAUUAUUGAUAAAGAAUAUUUUACAAUGCGUGCAACAAUAUUGUGGACGAUCCAUGAUUUUCCAGCAUAUGGUACUGUAUCUGGGUAUAGCACUCAAGGUUAUAAAGCUUGUCCUGUUUGUGAAGAUGACACAUCUUCAUUUCGAAUAAGAGGAAAAACAUGUUUCAUGGGUCAUCGUCGAUAUUUGUGUCUGAACCACCAAUGGCGCAAUGAUAUGGAGUAUGAUGGGCAGAAAAAUAUAUGUGAUAGUGUAGUUGGUACAAUAUUUAGUAUUGAUGGGAAGUCUAAAGAUAUUGAAAAGGCAAGACUUGAUUUACAAGAUUUAAAUAUUCGUAAGCAGCUACACAUGAAAAAGAAGGGGAACAAAUGGUUCAAACCAGUAGCAUGCUAUACAUUAUCAGCGAAGGAACGACAAGAAUUUUGUACGUUCAUAAAGUCCGUAAAAUUUCCUGAUGGAUAUGCUGCAAAUAUUUCUCGGAAUGUUAACAUGAAAGAUGGAAAGUUAUUUGGGUUGAAAAGUCAUGAUUGUCAUAUUUUAUUACAGAGGUUGUUACCUAUUGGUUUAAGGCCAUAUUUGAAAAAGAAAGUAAUGGAUGCUAUUGUUGAGCUGUCAUUAUUCUUCAAAAAGCUAUGUGCGAGGACAUUAUAUGUGAAAGACUUAGACGAAUUGGAAAAGGGCGUUGUACUCACGCUGUGUAAAUUAGAAAGUAUAUUUCCUCCUGCCUUCUUUGAUGUGAUGAUUCAUCUUAUGGUUCACUUGCCAUUAGAAGCUAAGUUAGGUGGUCCAAUAAAAAAAAUGAAUGAAACAAUAUCUGGUAAAGCACAAGAAGAUUUGUAUGCAAUUGCAAUGCAACCAAGUUUUUUGGCUUGUACAUAUGCUGGUUGUAUGGUUAAUGGAGUUCGAUACCAUACAAAAAGUCAAGAUGAAAGACUUUUAACUCAAAACUACGGUGUUCACGUUGAAGCAGAAUAUGAUAGAAAUAUAUGUGAUUUUUAUGGUGUCAUCAAUGAAAUUUGGGAAGUACAUUACCUCUAUUUGAACAAAGUUAUAUUGUUCAAAUGCUCUUGGUACAAUACCAAUGGAAGUGAUAGAAUGUACUCUGAAUAUAACUUUACUAGUAUCAACAUCAACACAGAAUGGUUUGAAGAUGAAUCAUUUGUUCUUGCCAAUCAAGUAAGUUUGGUUUUUUAUUUGGAUGACAUUAAAAAAAGUAAAGAUAAUAAAGAUUGGAAAGUGGUACAAAAAGUAAAUCAUCGUCACGUCUGGGAUAUACCAUCAAAGCCAAUGGAUGGUGAAGUUGAUGAUGAAGAUCCAACUAUCAACAGUUCUGAAGCAUAUCAAGAAGAAUCUUCGAAUGACAUUGGCGUGAAUUUUGAUUCAACGACAAAUGAUACUAAUCUUAUUCGGGAUGAUAUUGAAGAUAUAGAAUGUGAUAAUCAUCAAUUGUUCAAUGAACUUCAAAUAAAUCAUAAUGAUCAAGUUCAAAGUGAUAUAAAUAGUGACGAUACCGAUGAAUAA